AAAGAGCUAGCCUUCAUAAUUGUACCACAUUUCUACGCUUCAGGAAUCGUAAUGAAAAAUAUUGACUGGCGAAGUGUAGGCGUGUAGCAAUUCUAGUGAAACAGUCCGUUGUUUGUUGCAAAUUUAAUCGCAAACCUAUAACUUUUCAAGUGAUAAGUGAGUGUUUUCCGCAGUUCGUAAAUCAAGUGCGUCACAAAAAUUGCCCAUUUUCGCCGAUAAACAGUCGUAAACCCAGCUAAGAAUUUUCCGCGCCAUCAGAUAAGCCACCACUUCUUGUGGAAAAGCUAAGGGUUCGCCCCACUCGAGUGCACCUGUUCGUGUUGGUGUGUCUUGCAGUCGUCAGAGCGUUAUAUACCGGUGAGGUCGCCGCAACUCCCCAGUCAAACGCUUGAAACCGCUGUGUUCGCGCGAGUUUCCUUCACCAAGUGUCUUUUGCACCCCCGGAGUGCCCAAGUUCGUGCCAGGGCGAUUCUGCCGCAGUGUGUGUCAAAUAAGAUUCCGAUGAUGUGGUGCCCCAGUCGCAACACUUAGCCCGUCCGAAGAUGAGCAAAACGCCACCAUCAUGAGCCCCGCAUCCAUAAUUGUGUUAAUCACCGUUGCAUCUUGCGUCUUCAGCUACCCCUCCAAGCCCUUGAACGAGCGUUCCACCGAACUGGCUUGGGAGGCUUGGCUGCUGGUCGACCAGAGCAACCGUCAGAGCGACUUGGGGAUGCUCCGACGGAGAAUCACCCCCAAGUCGGUCUUCAUCGCCCCCACCUUCAGCCCCGACUCGCUGCCGGCCUGCGCCGAAGGCUACAAGUCGGACGUGAUGGGGCGCUGCGUGAAAAUCAUCAAAAUCAACGAGUCGGUGCACUUUGACUUCCUCCUCCAGAAGCUCAACGCGCAGUUCCCGGACUACGAGGAAGUCGUUGAGGAGAAUACCACGCAUGGGCCCCUCCAGCUCAACAUCCCGCUCUUUGGGGACGAGGACAAGGACGUGGCGAUUGUGGUCACUCCCUCCAAGAAGAACCACCAUGAUACCACGACAACGGUCAAGGUGGACGUGAAGCGGAAUGGGGGUGAUAAGUUCGGGGUUGAGGAUGUUGCUGCGAUUUUGGGGGUGAAGCCCGAGGAGGUGGAAGUGACCACGAUCGCCGAUUUCGCCACAACCAUCAAAGAUGUGGAAAGUACCACGCUUGAGGGUACUACCACUACGGAGAGUGCGUCCACCACCAGUACAGAAGGUGGGGAGACGACGACGCUCCUCGAUGGUGAGGCGCUCUUCUGGAGGAGGAUUUAAGGACUGUGAGGCUCCAAGUUGCCACUUGGAGUGAACUGCUACUAAACCAAAUCACGUACAAAAAACAGUAAGACAAUAAAAGAACACGCCCAGAGUCACACCCUACACAUGGGCGCCGACUAACAACGAACCAGGCAAGUGGUCGGCGCCUGUGCUGGUCCUAGUCUAGGGUUCAAACCAAAUCGCUAUUGUGAUUCUUUUAGUCUUUAACUACGGUAUUACUUGUACAUAGUGUGUAAAUGGAGGUGCAAAUGUUUUAAUUUGUCGUUUCUUGUACAUAUUAUUAUUUAUUUUACUAACGCGGGAGUGAGCUUGACCACAGUAUUACACACUCCGAUUUACUAAUCUUAUCAACUGUAUUGUAGGACUAGGUUAAUCGUGCAAAUGUAACGUAUCGUAUUGUUUUUCAACACACAAACACUAGACUGAUUAACCUUUUGUUCGACUGUUAGGUACAAAUGUAAAGUUAGAUUAAGCUGAAAAGUGUAUUUAUUAUCAGAAUAUUCCAUGUUAUGUUCUUGUGCCAGUAUACAAAUAAAUUUACAAGCAGA